AUGUCGGUGAUGUGGACAGUGAAGGUGGUAGGCCUGGGAGCAGUGGCUUUCUCCCUCAGUGUGGAGCUGCUGUGGAGGCUCCUGCGUCACCUCAGACCACCGACAGUUCUGAACGAGGUCCUUUUCUUUCCCUCCAACGUGGCCUGCAUGGAACACAUCUUCUCUCCUACUUCCCCCCACCCCUGUUGCUGUCCAUUGCCUCACGGUGUACAAACGUCCUUCACUCGUCUUCUGCGCUUCAUCCUGUCAGCUACAUCGUCUCUGGACUUGUGUUUGUUUUCUUUCUCCAAUAUGGACCUGAGCAGGGCUGUUCUGCACCUGUACAGAAAGAAGGUAGCUGUCAGAGUCCUGGUUGACAAGCAAUACUCAGUCAUCUCAGGCUCCCAGGUCGGUGCGCUCCGCAAGGCGGGGAUCUGCGUGCGCAACGUGGGCCGCUAUGUGCACAUGCAUCACAAGUUCGCCCUGGUGGACGGCCGGCGCCUCAUCACAGGCUCGCUCAACUGGACGCUGGCGGCGGUGCAGUGCAACGCCGAGAACAUCCUCGUCACCGAGGAGCCGCGUCUGGUCCGGCCCUUCGUCGGGGAGUUCCGGAGGUUAUGGGCGGACAAUGACCCGUGUCAGAAUGGACCCUCGUGCGACCGAAAUGUGGCCCGCAACUGAUUACCAUGCUUGCGGCACAUGAGAUUGGCAGGAGAGCAGUGACGUCACGGCACCGCGUCCGCACAGCUUGCAGCUCACUCACAGCCCGUGGGGGGCGUAUUUGCGUGGUAUAGGCAACUUGCUACGAUGUGCUGUGAUGUCGACCAGCAUUAGACACUCAACAAAAUGAAACUUUUGGCUUC